AUGGCUAGAAAUGGCAUGGGUGCUACAUUGCAAAGGCCAUUACACGCCUCCCCGUUAGCUGAGUUUAUUCUCCACGCCGAGGCGCCCAGAGGGAUGAAAGUGCCCAAGUAUACUAAAUUUGGGGGAGAGUUUGGUGAAUCGACAAUAGAGCACGUUGCCAGAUACUUAACAGAGUCAGGGGAUCUAGCUCAUAAUGAAUGUUUGAGAGUAAAAAACUUCCCCUCCUCUCUGACCAAGGCUGACUUCACAUGGUUUACUUCGUUGGCCCCAAGUUCAAUCGGUUCGUGGGCCAAACUAGAAAAGAAGUUCCAUGAACAAGUUCGACAUCUAGAACGACUAAGGUUAGAAAAGGUUAGGCACAAUAAGUCUAAAAAAGAAAAGAUAGCGUUUGUUGAAUACGACGCAAUAGACCCAAUACGUGAGGCUGAUUAUGCUUCAUCGACCGAAUUAGAAAUCGACGUGGCUGAACUAAAGCCAGGGUCCGCCUAUGAGUGUCGAUCAUUGUUGCCUGCGCAAGGAAAAAAUCCUGUCGAACACAACCUAAAAUUCCCUUCGAAAACUUAUACUUUUGAUGUGUUGAAGUGUGAGGAAAUCUUUGACUUAUUGGUCAAAGAUGGGCAAAUGGUGGUACCUCCUGGUACUAAAAUACCACCGGAUUUGGUUCAGAAAGAGAUUCAAGAAGGCAGGCUAAAAUUUGCUGGCCGCAGAAUGAAGAUCGACGUUGAUCCUCUUCACCAGGAGGAAGCCCUAUUCGUGGAGCCAGUCGAGAUCAACAUGGUCGAGAUCACUGAAUAUGAUGAGGCCAACAUGCUCGAGCAAACUGGGGAAACCCCAGAUGUCGAUAUAACUGAAGUGUACCCAAGGGCUGAUGAAGACUUGGUAGAUUUUCUGUAUCGCUGCAAGAACAAGGGUUCACAAGUGUGCCUGUGCCCUAGGUGUGGUGCUGUCACCGACAAAAUAGUGGCGGAGAAUUUCUAG